UAUAAAUAAUGCUGUUUCCCCCUCUCUUUCCUCAGGUGCCUAUCCAAGACUCUCUCUGAGCUUCAGGUUGAAGAGAAAUAUUGGAUACUUUAUUCUUCAAACGUACAUGCCCUCCAUACUGAUUACCAUUUUAUCAUGGGUGUCAUUCUGGAUCAAUUAUGAUGCAUCAGCAGCAAGAGUCGCCCUUGGUAUUACAACUGUGCUGACUAUGACAACAAUCAACACUCAUCUGCGAGAGACUUUGCCUAAAAUCCCUUAUGUUAAAGCCAUUGACAUGUAUCUUAUGGGCUGCUUUGUAUUUGUCUUCUUGGCCUUACUUGAAUACGCCUUUGUCAACUACAUUUUCUUCGGAAAAGGCCCUCAAAGACAGAAGAAACUUGCAGAGAAAACAGCAAAGGCAAACAACGAUCGCUCAAGAUUUGAAGGCAACCGGGUGGACACCCAUGGAAACAUUCUGCUUACAUCGCUUGAAAUUCACAACGAGGUGGCAAGCAACGAGGUCACCACCAGUGUAACAGAUGCCAGAAAUUCAACAAUAUCCUUUGACAACUCAGGAAUCCAGUACAGAAAGCAAAGCUCACAUCGCGAAAGCCUCGGAAGGCGUUCAUCAGAAAGAACAGGAUCCCACAGCAAGAGAGGCCAUUUACGAAGAAGGUCUUCACAACUGAAAAUAAAAAUCCCUGAUCUAACAGAUGUGAAUGCCAUCGACAGAUGGUCAAGAAUGGUGUUUCCAUUCACAUUUUCUCUUUUCAACUUAAUUUACUGGCUAUACUAUGUUAACUGAGUGACUGAACUUUUUUAAAGGACUUCAAUUAUAACAAGUGAAGUACUACUUGCCUGCAGAGUUUAUAUAUAUAUUUAUAUAUGAAAUAUAUAUAUAUAUGAACUUUUACUAUGUAGACCAUACUCAUGUAUGUGUGAAUACAUAUAGCAAAGAACUGUGUGUGCUUUAAAAGCACACACUGCAAAACAGAACUAUAUGUAUGCACACACACAUGUACACAUUCAUUCUGGACACUUUAACAUAGGAUGCACUUCAGAGGAACUUUUUAAAUCAAAAGGCAGGUGUCGUCAAAGCAACAAGCCUUGAGAAAGUAAGUGUUGUAUAUUAUCACUACAAAACUUUGAUUGUCAUAGAAAUUUUGAAACAGCUGUAAUCGUGUAUAAAGUCAGUAUUUAGUAACAUUGUAAAUGCUGCCAUACACACUAAUCAUAAAGCGAUAGAGUUACACUGGUAAGUUUAAAAUAGGUCAUUUAUAUUGCAGAUCCAUCAACUAUGAUUUCAUCAAGCCAAGUUUAUUUUUCUUUCCUAAAAUUUCUUGGGUUUAUGUAUGUCAUAAUGCAUUUUUUCCCAGUCCUGAAUGGGUAUUGUUUUUAAUGAUCUCUUGCUUUCUCUUCUACAGUAGGCAAGCUGAUCAUGAAGGUGUUGCUCUAGAUCUUUGGAGACAUAUACAUGUUCAUAAUAUUUCAAACAAGCAUUUUAAGUGUCCAUCAACACUGAAAUGAAUCUUUUGUAAGUACUGUAAAUGUACAGCACAUUUUCCUUCCUUUGGACUGGUUCCAGCUGCCAUGUCAUUUUGAAA